UUCAUUUCACAUCUCAGUUACGGGUAGGAUUUGUUUUGGUGUUACACACUGUAUAUGGUUGACAAAGCACGGACGUGUUAGCUUGUAAUGUGUAAUUGUCUCUUUUCUCCUAUUUGUAUGGCGUUUUGGCUGCCAUUUUGAUGUGAUGCGAUGUCGGAUAAACGCCAGCGUGCCAGAGUCCAGGGCUCCUGGGCCAAACAACUUCCAAAACGCUCAGGACAAGCAGAUGCUGUCCAAAACAACCAACCCAAAACUGUCAAUCCAGCCCCCGUUGCUUGGGGAUUUGGACAACAGAAAACAGCAACAACAACAACAACAUUUGAGUUUCACCAGCCCAUUAAGCCAGUUAGAGAUGUUCCUUCCGAGAAGGUGAUUGAAGAGGCAGGUGAUUAUGAGAUCAGUCAUGGACCAUCAGGAGUGUCCAGACUGCAGCUGCUUCCUGGGUUUCUUCCCCCUGAAGAGUCUGACUGGAUGUUCAGUAAGCUGUUAGCAGAGCUCCCCUGGUCUCAGAAGACCAACUACCGACAGGGUGAGGCAUACGAGGAGCCCAGGCUGACUUGCUGGUUUGGAGAGUUGCCCUACACGUAUUCUCACUCCACCAUGGCUGCUAACACACAGUGGCAUCCUUUGCUGUUAACCAUCCGCGAUGCAGUGGAGCAGGUGAGCGGAUGCAGCUUCAACUCACUACUGUGCAACCUGUAUCGGGAUGGCCACGACAGCAUCGGCUGGCACAGCGACGAUGAGGCCUCCUUGGGUGCCAAACCCACCAUUGCCUCUGUUAGUUUGGGUGACACCAGAGUGUUCAACCUUCGCAAGCAGCCUCCCCCGGAGGAAAACGGUGACUACACUUAUGUGGAGCGGAUUCGGGUUCCCCUGAGUCACGGGACACUUCUGCUGAUGUCAGGAGCCACACAAGAUGACUGGCAGCACCGAGUGGCCAAAGAAUACCAUGACCGAGGCCCACGCAUCAACUUGACCUUCAGAACAACCUACCCCGAACCGGAGGGCCACAGGGCGGGAACCAAGCUGCGAUUCACAGCCAAGCGGCCAUAGUCUCCCCUCAGAGUCAGGUACUCGCAGUAAGGCUGAGGAAACUGCUGGUUCUGGUGCUGGUUCUGCAUUCCAGACACGAAUGAUGGGGAGAGUUUGCCAAACAAAGCUCGGCACUCGUCUUCUUCUUGGUGAACUUGCGAGCGGUUUCAUCUGUCUGAAAGAGGUGUUCACUGAGUUACAGGCCACAGCUUCCUCCAGCCUAAACAGGGCGAUCUGAAGCUGUGCCUCAAUUCACCUGCUGCAAACAAACUUUAAUAGAUCUGCCAGUGGCGAUUAUCAGAUAUCAGUGUUUUCAGGGAAGCUAAGCAGAAGAGUGGGUUAUAAUGAAGUCUUUAAAGCUUAGUUAAUGCAGGGUCUACCUAUUAGUUUGACUGUUUUCAUUUAUUCAGCUCUGAUAGUUGUUUGUUUCAGAAGGGUUUGAUAAUAUUUUUGGUUAGUAUUCUUGGAGAGUGCAACCAGCAUUGAAAUGUCACUGAGCAAGACACUGCUCUGACUGCCAACACUAAACAUGUGAUUAGUAAUGGGACGCUCCCUGUUGGUAACAUCGGAACAGGACAGAAGCAGGUUGCAUGUCCAUGUUUUUGUAUCUGCCGAUGUGAGUCACUUAGACUGAAGUUUUUGUUUCUUUGUUUUUGUUUUUCUUUUCCCAACUUUCAUUAUGCCCCACAUGACAUGUGAUGAAAAGAGUCUUUAUGUCUUUAUUAGUCUUUAUUAAGUGUCCGUAGAGCUCGCUGGACAGCCAGUCACUGACAAUGUGACUUUUGGUGAAAUGCCCUAAAAUGUAAAUGAUUUCCUGCCUCAUUAAUCUUGGGGAACGUUUUGGAGAAAACAUGGACGCAAUUAAAAGGGGAGGAACAAGUAAAGUGGCCACUUAGGCCGAUUACACUCCAUCAGGACUGGAAUUAGUUAAUUGUCCUGCUGAACCGGAUUGGUCUGACGAGUUCCUCAAAGAAGUAGUUCAUGUUUUUUUUUAAAACCUCUGAUAUGGACCGGAAUAGUCCUGCAAACACAUGUUUAGAGGUGGUAUCUUCAUAGUUUAGUUUUUUGGGUUGUUUUGUUAAAAUGACCCACAUGCCAAAUGUAAUUUGCAAGUUGUUUGUUGAUUUUGUGAUUUGUCUUCCUUAUAGGCAGAUUUGAAGCAGCUUUUGUGAUUGUUUUAUUUAAGAUAACUGAAGGGACAUUUAGUAAAUAUUGAGUGGUAAAUGAAAUCACGAGAAACCAGUCAGUCGUUUAUGUUGUCAUCAGUGUCAGAGCUGCUCUUUCCCAUAUGCAAAACUUAUUCUUUGAUACAUGAAUAAAUGGAGAAAAUGAGAGAUUGUUUAGAGAAAAUGUCCCAUUUUUUAGACAUAGGAUCUGUUACAUUUCUGUGUUCAUCUUUUUGUUGAAAUUAUAUAUAACUUGGUGAAUGCGUCUAAAAUUUACAAAAGACAUCACACAGUACAAACUAAAUCAGAUGCUGUGAAUGACAUCAAGCAGACACAAACCAAAUCAAAUUCACAUGGCUAAGGUUACUGCAGGGACUUGUUUACGACGGAAAAAUCCCACAGAAAUAAUGUUUUAACAGCCUGAAGCAAACACGCUAAAUUAAAGAAAGUGAAGGGAGGCAUUGAGAAUCUAUGAUUUUGUGAUUCAUGCAGUUUUACAAUAAUGGUUGUUUGUUUUUUUAAUGAUUUCUAUUCCAUCGUGACAUUAACUUCUGAAAUUGCCCAAAUACCUCAGGGGGUGGGAUGCACACUACUUCAACUGCCCACAUGAUGGUCUUGAUUGCUGUUGUUCUGAAAUAAACAGUUACUCCUAUUAA